AUGGAUGUGGGUGGUAGACUGUACUUUGAACACAAGAACGAACAACAACAAAAACAGUUUGAGUUGGAGAAGAACAAAUUCAGGUGUGGGAACUUGUUUGAAGGAGUUGUGAUAUGGGUGACUGGGAACACAACCCCAACAGCUUCCGUGUUAAGGACUUUAGUUGUACAACGAGGAGGGAAGUGUGAGAUGAAGUAUUCAACAAAGAAUGUGACACAUAUCGUCGCAACGAACUUAUCUUUGUCACACAAAAUGAAGUAUGAAGGAAAGGUAGUAGUUCACCCCAACUGGAUAUUAGAUUCAAUCAAGUUUGGGACUAAACAGAGUACUGAUCAGUACGACGUUAUUAAUAAAAGUAAAGAAAAAAGGAAACAGCAAGUGAAGCAAUUCGAAAGAAACUUUUUUAAUCAAAAUGCGGUACUUGCAUUCUACGAAAUUUGGGAAGUCGUCUUCACAGAGAAAAUUAGAGAGGAGUUUGUCUUCAAAGGGAACGCGUCUUAUCAACAUGUGAUGAGCAUUAAAUGCGAUUCUGUGUAUAGAGACACAGCACUGAUGAAUCACCCCGAAUUCGAUACCAAAGAUUUUAUUGUAUCGAAUGGGACAGAUAAAUCACUCAUCAAGUGGUGUAGUGAAGGACUCAAACAAAAAGGUAUAACAGAAGGUAUGACAACAGAACAAGCUCGUAAAAUGGUUUCAAAUAUUAACGUAAUAAAAAUGGACUUUGAGUUGUAUGAGCGUCAAGUAAAGACACUUCUAACGUUGAUCACUUCAAAUUAUAAAUAUUCAGUGAUUGCGAUAUUGAGCUUUGAUGAAUAUAUCGUUGGAAUACCAAACACUCAAUUAAAUAUGGAGUCACUGUACCAAACAAAAAAUCAAAUUGAAAGGGAAAUUAAGUGGCCGAUGAAAAUUGGUGUUGGAGUGAAUUCAACAACCGCUUUGAUUGCAAUGAAUUUGACAACAUUCCCACAAAUAGGAGUUCUUGUUGAUAAAAUUGAAGAACAAAUCGCACAAGUUGGUAUAGAGAAACUCCCUUUUAUAAAAGUGUCCACUUUAAAGAAGUGCAUUGCCUUAAAUAUUACGACAUGUGAACAAAUUCAGCAACUCAAAGAAAUUGAAUUACUCAAAUGUUUUACACAUAAAGAGACUGAGAAAUUACAGAAGUUGUCACUGGGUAAAGAAAUGUAUCAAAGUAAUGAAAGCUUGACGAUAAAGGUGGAACUCAAACGGAAUGUAGUUAUAGAGAAUGAGGAAGAUGAACAAGCGUUUGUAUUUCAGAUAUGUCUUGAAAUAUCUCGUCUGCUCGAGUACAACAAAGUGCGAGGGAGUGUGCUGACGUUGAAAAUAGAAACGGAGUCGAACGGAGAGUACAAUAAAAUAGAGAGAACGACUCUCAUUAGAGAAACGAGUGACCCAUCUCUCAUUAACAAAACCGUCCAAUCUCUCUUAAAUAAGUUACAUGUGGAGUAUUCGAACAUUAAAACGUUUGUGUUGCACAUCAAAAGACUCAAAAAAGUCACAACAGCACAAAUUAAAGAAUCGAACAUCUUCCAACAAAUUUUGGCAGCUAAACAGAAAGAAAAUUCAAAUGAGAAACAAAUGGAUAUGAAACAAUCAAACUUUGUUAACCCCCCAAGAGCAUCGCAAAUUGAUAUGACGGUACUCAACGCAUUACCUUCAAAUUUGAAGAACGAAAUUAUUCAUUAUUAUGCGAGUGAUUACAAUAUAUACAAUAACCCUCAAAUUACAUUUGAAAAUGAAACAGUAGUCUUCGAAAAGAAAGAAGAAAGAACAGACGACGUCGAGUUGUUUGAAAUUGAAAAGAAUGAAAUUGUAAUACCGUUGCUUGUUAAGUACCUCAAGUCACAAAAAAGACUCACAUUAUUUCAUGCAGAAUUAGUCAUGCAAUACUUGAAGUGUCUCAUCAAAAAAAACAUGUUCACCGAGGUACUCGAAAUCAAUAAUGUUCUCAAUAAAACACUCUUAGAAGACAAUUUCAAAAACUUUUUGGAGAUAGUAAACCACUACACAGACACAAUGUAUUCGCAUGCGUUUGGUCAGUUCAUCGACUCGAUCUAUAACUCUUAA